GGAGAAUCUGAUUUCUCUCUUAAUUUUUGGCUUCUAGGUCAGAGAUCUGUGGAAUAUGGCUUGAUAUAUGAUAUGGUUUAUCCAAAACACUGUUUUUUCUCAAGAAAACUGAGAAAAGUUUAUUUUUUUAAUUAACAAGAAAAAAAACAGAGGACCCUAAAAACGGCGAGGGUGGAAUUGAAAUCAAGCCAUGAAGGGCCCUGCUACCCAGUAAGCCACAGCAGAGCAUCUCUAUGGAGCUGCUGGUGCUUUUUUCACCCUUUUCCUGAAGCACCCUGGCUUUCCCAAUCAUUGCUGCAGAAGCCCUGCCCUGGGGUGCUGAACCUACCCAACUGGAUUUGUUCUCUGCCCUCCUCCCGGGAGGGUUCCCUGGAGCCGAUGUGCACAGACAGCAUGGGCAAUAACCCAUCAAUUAAUAUUUCCUUUGCAAGCCUCAUGCCCAGGGGAGCUCCUCCAUGCUCCUCGAUGGCUGCUGAGGCUCCGCUGCGCUUCUUUCCCCUCGGGCAGCCGCGUCCCGGUCACUGCGGGGUCCCAGGGUGGCUUUGUGGGCUUGUGCUCUGUUCCUAGGGUUUGUGCUCUGUUCCUGGAGCCCAGCCUGGUCCCACGCGGGGCUGCCCUUGGGCCGCUCUGCUCCGCCCCACAUGAAUAUUAAUGUGGGUAAUAUGCAUAUGCAUGAGCGCUCUGGCCCUGCCGGAGCCGGGCUGUGCUGCCAGCCGGGCUCGGAGCUCUGUGCUCGGCAUGGGCAGCGCGGCCGCGCCGCUGCGGGUGCUGCUGGACAUGGACGGGGUCCUGGCCGACUUCGAGGGCGCGGUGCUGCGGGAAUUCCGCGCCCGCUUCCCGGCGGAGCCGCGCGUGGAGCUGGCGGAGCGCCGGGGCUUCUCGGUGCGGGAGCAGUACCGCAGCCUGCGGGAGGAGCUGGCGGCCAAGGUAGCCAGUGUCUAUGAGUCCCCUGGCUUCUUCCUAGGCUUGGAUCCAAUUCCAGGAGCCCUGGAAGCUGCGCAGGAGAUGCUCCACAUGCAGGAUACCGAAGUCUUCAUUUGCACGAGCCCUCUCCGGAAAUACGAGCACUGCGUCGUGGAGAAGUACAAGUGGGUAGAGAAACACUUGGGACCCGAGUUUGUGGAGCGGAUUAUUCUGACCCGAGACAAGACCCUGGUGGCUGCUGACCUGCUGUUUGAUGACAAGGACACCAUCCAAGGCGCGGAGCCGAAGCCGAGCUGGGAGCACAUCCUGUUCACCUGCUGCCACAACCGGCACGUCCAGCUGCCGGCCCCGCGCCGGCGCCUGCGCUCCUGGGCCGACGACUGGCAGGCCAUCCUGGAAAGCAAGCGCAGGCACUAGGCCAGGAAGGGGAUGCUGCGCCCUUCCCACCGCCAGGAAACAACCAGCCCACCCCCUGCCACUGCAGGGGUCACAGAAGGAAGGAGCUGCUCCUGUCAGACACAGUGCUCCGGGUUUCGGAAGGUUGCUCUGCACUGUUAAUCUCUGUAGCGUUUUGGAUGUUUGCUGUUGGAGAAGAGAAACUAUAAACUACAAGCAGCUGUGGUUGGAUUUUUGUGUGUGGUUAACGUCACUCCUGUUUGGUUUGUGCUGUGUGGGGGCAGAGGGGAGAGAAAAAGAGGAAGAAGGCUCUCAAACGUGAGCAGAUCCAGUGUGGGUGUCUGUCAGGAAACACUGGGCUCAACAGUAAAACCUUUUAAAUUUUAUGUAUUUACCACCCUGAUUAUUGGGUUUUCUCUUGCCU